AUGUCCGAGUACGGGAAGAACACGCCGCGCAGCCCGACGGAGUUCCUCAAGGCCAUCAAGGGCAAGCCCGUCGUGGUCAAGCUGAACUCGGGCGUGGACUACAGGGGGAUCUUGAACUGUCUGGACGGCUUCAUGAACAUCGCGAUGGAGCAGACGGAGGAGUACGUCAACGGCCAGCUCAAGCGCAAGUACGGCGAUUGCUUUCUGCGCGGCAACAACGUCAUGUACAUCUGCGCGGACAUGAGCAAGAUCCUCAGCGAAUAA